UUGUAAUUGUGCGAUAUUUAUUUCUGGCAUUAACAAUCCAUGAUAAUAAUGUGUUAAUUGCAGUUCACAUUUCAACAAAGGAUUACACUUCAAUCUGCAUAGAUUUUCAAUAGAGUAAGCAACAAAAACCAAAAACUUGAUAUGUGGAGACUGUUGUUAAAACUGUUAUUAAAUAGCAGCUUAAUAAUAAACGCAAUAGGUCAUUUAUUUAACUCAGAUUACAAAGUAGACAUGCCAGUUGGAUUCCGUUUACCUGAUUAUAUUAUACCAGAGCAUUAUGACAUCCAGCUGGAUCUAACACAUUUUGACACAGAAGGAAUUCUGUUCAAAAAUAUCUCCGGCACAUGCAAUGUCAAUAUUAAGAUUACUAGUUCAACGAAAUAUAUAAGUUUGCAUGCGAAAAAGCCGCAAAUAGAAGUACAGAAUGCUAUCCUCACCAAUAUAUCGUCAUUAGAACUUUAUGAACCGACAAAUGCUACAUAUAACAGUGAAACUCAUAUUCUCGUCUUUCACUUUAAUGAUCAAUUAACAAUUGGAUAUUAUACAUUAAAGAUGAGCUUCAUCAGUUUCGCGGAUAAUGGUGAAAGUUUCUUGAAAAUUGCCUACGCAAACUCAUAUAAACAUAAAGGGUUGUUUAUCGCAACACCAUUCCAAGCAAUUGGGGCUCGACAAUUGUUUCCAUGUUGGGAUGAACCAGCAUUAAAAGCGACAUUUAAAAUCUCUAUUAAACAUUAUGCAAAGUACAUGAUUUUAUCAAACAUGCCGGGAGAAACUGCAAAUGGAAAUGAUAAAAACGUACACUUGACAAAAUUCGAAACCACUCCUUUAAUAUCCACUUACCUCGUGUUGUUUGUAAUAUAUGAUAUGUACCCUCGUAACCCACAGUUCCACGAGCAAUAUAUUCAAGAAACAGUGUUUGCAGAUGAUGUCACUCACUUUAUCACAAUAAAUUUUUUAAAGAAAUGGAAAUAUUCUGAAAAUAUUUCAGAUAUGUAUAAUGUCAAUUUAGAUAGUCAUGAUAAUAUCGCCAAGAAACUUAUUCUUUACAGAGAUGCAACAAUUUUCUAUAACGAUGAAUUAGAUCCUGAUAUGCACAAAUUGGACGUAACACGUACAAUAGGAUACGAACUAGUACAUAAAUGGUUUGAUAAUCUGAUCAGUCCAUCCUGGUGGUCUGACUAUUGGUUGAACGAAGGUAUUGCUAUAUUACUGGGAACAGAUGUCAUCAAUAAGGGUUCUGAAGAUCUCCGUAUGUGGGAUCUAUUCGUGGUUCAAAUUCAACAAGAAUCUCUUCGAUUGGACAAUUUUACAGAAGGUGUUAUGAAACCUCUUAGAUCAGAAAUCAAUAAACCAUCUGAAAUUGAUUCACUUUUUUCCUUUUCUUUUCAUAUUAAAGCACCUGUCAUACUACGUAUGUUGCGACAUUUUCUUACCGACCAGGUAUUUCAAAAUGGUAUUGAGAUAUUUCUUAGCAAACACAAAUUUAGUUCGGCAUCUAUUGAUGAUUUCUGGGAAAGCAUGCAAAGUGCUCAUAAUGCAACUAAUAUGGAAAAAAUUAUCGUAAGAGAAAUAAUGAAUGCUUGGACAAAGCAAAAACAUUAUCCUAUUUUAAAGGUUGCACAAAUAUACGAUUACACUAAUUUUCAUUAUGUAAGAAUAACAGUAGAAAAUAUUGAAAAUCAUUGGCACAUACCUGUAACUAUAACUACACAGACGAUAUCAAAUUUUACGAUACAUCCUUGGAAAUUUUUCUAUAAUUGGAAAAAGUCAAAUUCUACUUGGUUUAUGGAUAUUGCUACAGAUGGCCAUAUCGGUGACUGGAUAAUAGCUAACUUACAACAAAUUGGAUAUUAUCGUGUUAAUUACGAACUUAAAAAUUGGCAAAAUAUUGCGAAAUAUUUGAACUCUAGAAACUAUAGUAAAAUACACGUUCUCAAUCGUGCUCAAAUUAUCGACGACGCCUAUUAUUUCCUGUCGUCAGGCAAACUCGAUAUGUAUACAUUUUUGGAUCUUGCGAAAUACUUAUGGCAAGAGACAGAUUUUGUGGCAUGGUAUCCUAUGAUCAAAGCUCUUGAAAAUAUGUCAAGUAUCUUUCCAAUAUCAGACACAGAAGAUAUCGAUUUAUUCAAGGAAAUCAUGAAAGGUAUAUUUAAUUUAGUCCUUGAUCGCAUUGGAUAUGAAGAAUAUUUUGAAGAGAAUGUCUUUACUAAAUGUUUAAGACAAGAAAUUGCCAAGUGGGCAUGUGUUCUGAAGGAUCCUAAAUGCAUACAAAUGGCCAGAAAUAAAUUGGAACAACAUAUUAUGCGUUCUGACAAAGUUUCACCGUGGUGGAAACACUGGACAUACAACAACGGUAUACUAAUAGAAAAAUAUUUAAACGGUUCUUGUUCGUUAAUAUUAAAAAGAGUGUUUAGUUUUGAUCAUAAAAUUUUAAAUUUUCUAACUUCCAUCAAAGAACAUUUGAAUAAAGAAAGCUUACAGCCAGAUCUAGAUCACAAAAGACAUUCUUCGCAGAAAUAUAUAUUUGUAAACUUCCAAGACACUGACAGUGUUAAAAAAUUUCUUUCCAUUAUGAAGCAUGCAAAGAACGAUAAAAUACUUGAAUGUAUAUUGCAAAAUUUAAAAAAAAUAAAACCCAGAGAAAUUAAUAUGGUCACAGCAUUGAUUAUUAUAAUUAAUCAUGUGUAUUCUGAGGCACAACUGCAGAAGAUUAUAAAGUUCGUCGAUAGUUUAAUAAAGCAAUACAUUUCAAAUGUUAAUAAUUUAACGAACAUCUUACCGAGCAUCUUGCUAGACACUGAACUUGACAAGAUACAUGAAUAUAUGAGAACUAUUAUAUCCAAACAAAUUGGUUUUAUCCGUCGUAAGAUAGGAAAACGUUUAAAUGAAAUCGAGCUUAUCCAAAAUCGAGCCAGAAAAAUGUUGUCAAAUUUGAAUAUUACAUUUAAAUUAAUCUAUGAAUAGUACAAAUUAUAUAUCGCUCGGAGA